UGGGGGUUCCGUUCCCGGAGGGGUGAUGAUAAGUGAAAACUGCCAUUAAGCGAAACUCAGUGAUUUAUGCCUCCAUAAUGAAGCUUAUGGUGCUGAUAACCAGUUAUAUCGGCGCCAUUACAGCACCUCUUUUAGGGAUGGUGCCACAGAACUCUGGUUGUGCUAAAAGGGUGAGAAUAACCAGCCAGUCAAGAAAGAUAAUACUAAAUGUCCAUCGUUAUUUCCGGUCCUUAGAUGAGCGUGAGUGUGAGACAAGUGUUAAUGAAAAAACAGCUGCUGCCACGGGAGUAUCCAUGUCUACCAUAAGUCUCAUCAAAAGGCAGGCUAAAGAGGGCAGAAUAGAAUCCCCACCUCCCAGGAUGAGGUGUUCUCCUAUAACGGGAAGUGCGGAUGGCGUCGAAGAAGAAGAUAUUAGAAAGGCAGUUUUAUCAUUUUAUGAAAGAGGAGAAUUACCCACUAUGGAUACUGUAAUGGAAAUGUUGAAAGAACCCCCUUUCAGAUUUGUCGGCGCCAAGACUUCUCUGCGAAGAGUCAUUGAACAUCUAGGAUUUCGUUGUAGGAGGAUUCAAGGUGGCAGGGUUGUUUUAAUUGAGAGAAAUGCCGUAGUGGCAGCUAGAAAUAAGUACUUCAGACUUUUACAGGAAAACAGAAGUAGUAUUAAUCCAAGACCAGAGAUAUAUGUAUAUAAAACCUGGGUUAACUUACAGGAAAGUGUUGUGAAGCAAAAACAGAAAGCUCUUAAUGAAUGUUUGGUCAUUGUUCAUGCUGGUGGGGAGGAAGGUUUUCUUCCGGGAGCAUUCCUUAUGUUCAGGUCAAGAAGCAAGAUGAAAGGCCAUGAUCCCAUAGACAGUGAGAGUUUCAGGUCAUGGUUCAAGAAUCAGUUACUCCCAUGUGUUCCUUUCCAGUCACUUAUCAUUAUGGACUGUUCUCCCAGCCAAUCCACUGUUCUUAAUCAAGUGCCAACUAGAAGUUCAAGGAAAUGUGACAUCAUUAAAUGGCUAACACAAAACAACAUUAAACAUGACUCCUUCCUCUCUAAAGCAGAACUGCUUCAGUUUGUUUCACUACACAAAGACAGACAGGUUUAUGAAAUUGAUGGAAUUGCUAAGAAGAGUGGACAUAAAGUCAUUAGAAUCCCACCUUUUCACUAUUAUUUGAACCCCAUUGAGUUCAUUUGGCAAAAGGUCAAAUUAGCAAUAAAGAAAGAAAAUUACGAAUGCUCUCAAACAUUAGGAAGAGUGGAAGAAAUAUCCAAAAGUGUAAUAGAUAAUGUAAGCAAGGAAGAAUGGAAAAGAUUUAUUGGUUGCAGUAGGGAUGCAGAAGAAGGUUACAGAAAGAAAGAUCUUGCUGCAGAAUUUGCAUUGAAAAGCUUUGUUCUUAGUUGUGAUGACUUGAGUAGUGAUUCUGAUGAUGAAUGCUUAUCCUGAAUAGAACUGGUGAUACUUUAUAAUUGUAAUAAUUUUUUCUGUGCAUUGAUGAUAAACUUAGUCUGGAAUGCCUUAAAUAUGACUGAUCAUCACUCCAGCUUGAUCAUCGGUUUUUAGUGUCUGGAGAUAUAUAGGUAUUUGCAUCUUGUCAUUUGUGUACACAGCGAGUUCCAAUUACUAUAGUAAAAUUUUAAUGUCUUUAUAUUGUUGUUGUUGGUAGAUUUUAUAUUGUUUGAUGUUAAACUUUUUCCUUUGUUGGGUGUGUUCCUCGCAAAAUAUGAAUUAUUACUUGACUGAAAUUUUACUUAUGCUUUUAUAAGAAUCUUGCAAAACACUGAAGCACUUGCAAAUCAUCAUUUGGGGAUACUGAAAAGUUUUGUGUGCAUAAUUAUGUUUGUUUAAUUGCUUGUACUUUAGUUUUUCUAUCACACAUAUCCUGUAAGUGUUUCUGUUUUAGGUUUUGAAAGAGCAUCAGAGGAUUAUAGGCAUCAGAGUUCAUGGUUCUUUAUAAAAUGUCCCUUUAAAUGAAAUUUUCUUGUUCAGGAUACUGUUAACCACAUGCAAAAAAUGUCUUGCUUUAUGCAUGUAUUUAUUUUUGGUCAUUUCUUUAAUUGAACAUAUUUCUUCCAUAGAGUAUUUGAUGAUACUUUAUAAGGCAUUUAUCAUACACUUUAAGCUUGGUGGUUAUUACCAGUACCUCCUUGUCUGUGAGGGUGUGGUAGCGACGUCAGUGUGCAACUCACAUGCCAGUGUCCCUUUUGUCCCUGGCUGGACCCACAUUUUAGCCACCAGACCUACUUCCUCUCUUCAGUCUUUCUGUGCAAUGUCUAUAGCCAUUGCUUCAUAGUGCAGCUGUUUUUUUUUUUUUUUUUAUUUUUUUUUUUUUUUCAUUUCCACCUUUAGAUCCUUGAAGUUCAUUUCCUUUUCUUCUGGAUCUCUCUGUGUUUGCUUAAGUGCUGUUGCAUUAAUUUUUACUUUUAUUAUCAUAAUUAUGUAUUACCUGUCUUUAGUCGUCAUUAUCAUCAUUAUUAUUCAGGCCUAAAUGUACAGUAGUAUAAUAUAUUAAACUAUAAUGUGAAAGAAAUUUAUGUGACAUUCAGGAAGAUAUUCUAUUUUUAAUAAAAACUCAGCCUCAA